AUGCGUCUUGCGCUUUCGACUCCGACCCAGUCCACAUUGGUAGAUCUCUCAGUUCAUACAGCAGUUGAAAGCAACGUCGACGACCAUUCUGAUUCCAAAGGCGGCGACUAUGAACUCAUCAAGCAAAUCGGCAAAGACGGCGAAGGCGUCAUUCACCUCAUGAGAAGCAGAAGUGCACGCCAACUCAUUGUCCGCAAAACAGUCAAAUAUGCUAGGUCAGCCUACGGCAAACCAAUAGAGGCUGCCAUACUCCAGGACAUCUUGGCAGAACGCCACGACAACAUCAUUCGUCUCCAGGCCUUCGAGCCGUACCAAGCCUUCGAGUCGGACCAAGUAGAAGGCGCCCGCUACUAUCUUGAGUACUGCUCUGGAGGCGACUUGCAUCAGCUGGUCGACCAAUACCAGAAACAGGGCGUGCUGUUACCGGAACUCUUCAUCUGGCAAGCUUAUCAGCAAUUGGCCUCAGCCCUCGAGUUCCUGCACCGAGGCUUCGACCCCAGAUGCAGCGAUCCCGAUCGGCGAGGGGUUUGCCAUCGUGACAUCAAACCCAGCAACAUCUUCCUCCGUCCCACACCCGACUCCGACUACCCAGACGUCGUCCUCGCAGACUUCGGCCAUGCGACUCUGGCCUUCGCCACCUACGAUCCCGCCGGGACAUCACUCUGGCAAGCCCCUGAGCUCCCGAGACACUCCCCCAGGGGCGACGUUUACUCCCUCGGCGCCGUCAUCCAUUUCCUGAUCCAUUUCAAGCCGCCCAUCGCCCAGCUGCCUGACGGAGCUUCCAACACCGAGAGCGUGAUGGACGCAUGGGCGGCAGCGCCAGAGGCGCGACAGCCGAUAAUGCAAUUCGUGGAGGAAUACAGCGAGGAGUUGAUCUGUGUGAUGUUGAUUGCGCUCGAGGCGGACGAAAAUAAGCGGAAGAAUGCGAGCCAGCUCUUGAACUUUGUCAGUGAUUGCAUCGAGCACAAGUUUCCGCCGGGCUCUGAUUUGCUGCGGAAGGCGGAGGAGUGGCCUAUGGCGGAGUGGGCUUUUGAUCAUAUGAUGCCUGCGGGCGGCGGGUUUGAAGGGGAGGAUGGGGAGCCCGAAGAAGAGGAUACGGGUACGGAGCAGUAUUUUGAGAUGAUGGAGAGGUUUGGGUAUUGCAAUUCGAGGGAAAGUUCCCGGUCUCUUUCUCCUGCUCCGUCUGAUCGGCGGCGGGGAGUCUCUGGGAGGCGCUCGAGAGGGCGGGAGACAUCUUCGAUUUCCUUACUUGGUGAGACGUAUUGA